UAGCUGUUCAAUUCAAAAUUGUUUUUGAAAGUCCGAAAUUGCUGUGGGAAACCUAUUUGCAAAUCGCUGGCAAAAGAGCUUUAAGCGCAGAGAAACUCAACCGACUGACCAUUGACCUGCCGCCAACCCGAGCGAACCCCAAGAGAGCCGACUCCAGCACAGCCCCAAGAUGUCAUUUCGGGUGGUACGCAGUUCAAAAUUUCGCCACGUCUAUGGCCAGGCCCUGAAGCGGGAGCAGUGCUACGACAACAUACGCGUCUCCAAGUCCAGCUGGGACUCCACAUUCUGCGCCGUCAAUCCAAAGUUCCUGGCCAUCAUUGUGGAGUCGGCGGGCGGUGGUGCCUUUAUCGUCUUGCCACACAAUAAAGUUGGACGCAUUGCCGCCGAUCAUCCGCUGGUGGGCGGACACAAGGGACCUGUGCUGGACAUUGCAUGGUGCCCUCAUAACGAUAAUGUGAUCGCCUCCGGGUCUGAGGAUUGUGUGGUGAAGGUCUGGCAGAUUCCCGAUGGGGGACUGUCGCGCACCCUCACCGAGCCCGUCGUCGAUCUGGUGUUCCAUCAGCGUCGCGUAGGUCUGGUUCUGUGGCAUCCAUCGGCACUCAACGUUCUACUCACCGCCGGCUCGGAUAAUCAGGUUGUCAUCUGGAAUGUGGGGACUGGCGAGAUCCUCGUCCACAUCGACUCGCAUCCGGACAUCGUGUACAGCGCCUGCUUCAACUGGGACGGCUCUAAGCUGGUCACCACCUGCAAGGACAAGAAGAUCCGCAUCUACGACCCGCGCACCGCCGAACUGGAAAGUGAGGCCAUGUGUCACGAGGGCUCAAAGGCGACGCGCGCAAUCUUCUUGCGCCACGGCCUCAUCUUCACCACCGGCUUCAACCGGAGCUCGGAGCGUCAGUAUUCGCUCAGAGCCCCAGACGCCCUGAACGAGCCUAUUGUCAUGGUCGAGCUUGAUACGUCCAACGGCAUAAUGUUCCCGCUAUACGACGCAGACACGAAUAUGAUUUAUCUUUGCGGCAAGGGCGACUCAGUCAUUAGGUACUUCGAGGUUACGCCAGAGCCCCCGUUCGUUCAUUACAUCAACACAUUUCAGACGACAGAGCCACAACGAGGCAUUGGCCUGAUGCCAAAGCGCGGCUGUGACGUGACCACCUGUGAGGUGGCCAAGUUUUAUCGUAUGAACAACAACGGCCUCUGUCAGGUUAUCUCAAUGACCGUGCCCCGAAAGUCUGACCUGUUUCAGGAGGAUCUCUAUCCCGACACGCUGGCGGAGGACGCCGCCACUACGGCCGAGGAGUGGAUAGACGGCAAGGACGCAGAUCCCCUCACAUUCUCGCUCAAAGAUCGCGUCUCUAUUGUACAGGGUGGCUACGUUUCCUCAUCGGCCAGCAAGUCUCUGUCGGUCAACAAGAAGGCCAACAUUCUCAACAAGCCCAGGGGCGGCGGUGGCAGUUCCGGAGCUGCUAGCAGCAGUCUGAGCAUCGGCUAUAACGCAGCUGCGAACAACAAUGAUGCCAGUGAGGGUGGACCCCCGGCAGCGGUUUUGUCGGAAAAGGAUCUGCGAAGCAUCCAGGAUGAGAUACGGAAACUCAAGGCGAUCAUCGUGAAGCAGGAGAACCGCAUUCGCGCCUUGGAGGCAAAGGCCAAUGCAGGCAAUGGCGAUGAGACGGAUGCGCGCAACAAGAACGGCAGUGGAAGCGGCCCCUCGGCGCCAGCGUCCGCGGCAGCAUCCGCCUCUGACAGCAAAGCCAGCGAAAGUGCCAAAGACCAUGCGUCCACGUCCACAGGAGCAACGCCACAGGAUGAGGACUAGAACUGGGGAGGGGACUGGGUCUGGGUCUGGCUCUGAGACUGGGAAGGUAGUGCAGGUCGAGGUAGAUAGAGAUGUUCGGAGAGACAGAGAACUGCUUGUAGAAGCUCGUCGUUAUCGCUUAAAUUUCUCUAAUGCAAAAUUAUGGUUACGUUGUACACGCAGAUGGAGGAGAAGAAUAGUUAUUGUCGUCUAUUAUGAUUUUGAUUUCGAUUAUUUAUUUUAUAUAAUUUAAUAUUAGGUCAUUGAGCGAGCGAAAUCAGUUGAGUGUGAACCGAAACAAAAAACAAAAAACUAAAACAGCAAGCAAAGCUAAACGCUAAACGUAUAUAACAUAACAUAACAAAACAUCCUGCCAAAAAUAUAUAAAGAACCUAACGAACUACCUACAAAUUGCGCCCGAAACCAAGCAGAGAGGGCAGCAAUUGUGAAACUGUUGUAAAUUUUACAAAGGCAAAGCAUAGACUUAACCGCAAUCAUCUAAAAGCUAACCUCUACCUAUCAGAUAUUUACAAAAUCUUUAUAUAAAUAGCUUCAUCUUUGUACCACCCGCCACGGGAGAUAUUCAUGACAAUAGCCUAUCAUAGAAUCGAAGCGAUCCAUCCUAGCUGGUGCCCCGCCACUCGAUCGUCCGCCUUCGCCAGUAAAUUGUCGUGUAAAACAUUACGAAUUUAGUGAGCGAAAGGAUUGGGGAUUGAGCAGCAUCAGACAUGAUUCGCUUUUGAUGUCAGUAAUUCUCGUUUUAACUUAAAAAUAAGCUGUAUUUUUGAAAUAAUUUGAAAUUGUAAUAAUAAAGCAACAAAGUGAAUAUAAGAAACCAACGAAAAACCCAA